UAUAUGGAAGCGGGGAACCACACAGCUAUUUCAAAAUUCAUCCUUCUGGGACUUUCGGAAGAUAUGGACCUGCAGUCUCUCCUUUUUGGGCUGUUCCUCUACAUGUACCUGGUCUGUGUUAUAGGGAAUCUGCUAAUCAUCCUGGCUAUCAUCUCUGACUCCCACCUCCACACUCCCAUGUACUUCUUCCUCUCCAACUUGUCCUUCACUGACAUCUGUUUCACCUCCACCACCAUCCUCAAGAUGUUAGUGAACAUCCAGAUGCAGAGCAAAGCCAUCACGUAUGAAGGCUGUCUCACCCAGAUGUAUUUUUUCAUGAUUUUUGCUGGGCUAGAUAAUUUGCUGUUGACCGUGAUGGCCUAUGACCGGUUUGUGGCCAUCUGUCACCCCUUGUACUACACGGUCAUCAUGAACUCUCACCUUUGUGGUCUCCUGCUUCUGCUUUCUUGGUUAAUCUGCCUGACAUAUUCUUUGUUGCAAAGUUUGAUGGUUUUGAGGGUGUCCUUCUGCAAAGAGACAAAAAUCCCCCACUUCUUCUGUGAACUUGCUCAGGUCCUCAAGCUCGCCUGCUCUGACACUCUUGUCAACAACAUCCUGCUAUAUUUUGUAACCGGCCUCCUAGGUGUUAUUCCUCUGACUGGGAUCUUUUUUUCUUAUUCUAGAAUUAUCUCCUCCAUAAUGGGCAUUUCAUCUGCUGGGGGGAAGUAUAAAGCCUUUUCCACCUGUGGUUCUCACCUCUCAGUUGUCUCUUUGUUCUAUGGUGCGGGCCUUGGGGUUUACCUCACUUCUGGAACAGCCCACCCCUCCAGAAAGGGCUCCAUAGCCUCAGUGAUGUACACAGUGGUCACUCCCAUGCUGAACCCCUUCAUCUACAGUCUGAGAAACAGGGACAUGAAGGCGGCUCUGAGGAGACUCUUCAGUAGAGGAGCUUACUCUCAGUGAGAUCAUCGAAGUUAAGG